UCUGGUCCUGAUGUCAAACUGACUGUCAAGGUGAUUUUGGGAAUUAUUCAUACGUAAGAUUGGCCAACAGCUAAUUAGAGAUUUAACGAAAUGAGAAAUCUAUUAUCUGGAGACACUGACACCUCAUCCUUUACUUACUUACAGUUCCUAGAAACAAUCCUCUGUAACCUUUAGAUAUUGACAAAUAAAACUUGAGAAAUAAACCAUUUCCAAAAUAGAUAUAUAUCAUUUUUUAAUUAAAUCCUAGUGUUGUAUUUCUUUUCUCUUUUUUUCAGCAAAUGGUUCCUCAGAACAAAAGCAAGGAGGACCACGAUGAGAAACAUGGAAAUAAAAGCAAAGCAGUCAAAGCUAGUCCUGCACAUUCCACUGUGGCAUUGAUUGAGGAGGAGCCGGAGGAUGUAGACCCAUGGAACCUGCCAGAGCUGAAGGACACUGGGGUCCCAUGGUCAGCUCUGGAUACCAAAGGGAAGGUGCUGAGAGUGCUGGUGUCAGUGGGGAAGUUGGUCCUGCUGCUGGGUUUCCUCUACAUUUUCAUCUGCUCCCUCGAUAUUCUCAGCUCAGCUUUCCAGCUUGUUGGAGGUAAAACAGCAGGUGACAUCUUUCAGGACAACUCAGUUUUGUCCAACCCACUGGCUGGUUUGGUUAUCGGUGUCCUGGUCACUCUGCUGGUGCAGAGCUCGUCCACUUCCUCCUCCAUAGUUGUCAGCAUGGUCUCCUCUGGAUUGCUGACGGUCCAGCUGGCUGUCCCUAUCAUCAUGGGCACCAACAUUGGCACCUCUGUCACCAACACGCUUGUCGCAAUGACACAGGCUGGUGACCGUAGCACCUUUCGGAGGGCUUUUGCAGGGGCCACAGUGCACGACUUCUUCAACUGGCUGUCAGUGUUGGUGCUGCUGCCUCUGGAGGUGGCCACUGGUUAUUUGUACGAGGUCACUAAGCUCGUCAUCGACUCUUUCAAAAUCCAGAGCGGGGAGGCCCCAGACCUGUUAAAUGUGAUCACUGAUGUCCUCACAGAGUCAAUCAUACAGUUGGAUGAAUCUGUCCUUAGUGGGAUUGCCACUGGAGACGCAGAAGCCAGGAAUAAGAGUCUCGUCAAGAAAUGGUGCCAAACCUUCACCAACACAACCUUAAUGAACGUUACAGUUCCUGGUCCAGAGAACUGCACCUCUCCGUCUCUCUGCUGGGUGGAUGGCAACUACACCUUCACACUGAAGAACAUUUCUGAAACAUAUAAUGUCCAGAAAUGUAAACACCUCUUUGUGGAUGUACAUCUGCCUGACCUGUUUGUGGGUCUGAUCCUGCUGGCUCUCUCUCUGCUGGUGCUCUGCUCCUGUCUGGUCCUCAUCGUCAAGCUGCUCAACUCCAUGCUGAAGGGACAGGUGGCUGCAGUCAUCAAGAAGAUCCUCAACACAGAUUUCCCAUUUCCAUUUGGUUGGGUCACUGGUUACAUUGCCAUAAUAGUCGGAGCUGGAAUGACCUUCAUUGUGCAGAGCAGUUCGGUUUUCACAUCAGCUAUCACUCCACUUGUUGGUAUUGGUGUCAUCACCAUAGAGAGAGCAUAUCCAUUGUCACUGGGUUCAAACAUUGGCACAACCACCACAGCCAUCUUGGCAGCCAUGGCUAGUCCUGGAGACACACUAGCUAAUGCGCUACAGAUUGCCCUUGUGCACUUCCUGUUCAACAUUUCUGGCAUCAUUCUGUGGUAUCCAAUCCCCUUCACCCGCGUCCCUAUCCGGCUGGCUAAAGGUCUGGGCAACAUCACCGCCACCUACCGCUGGUUUGCUGCUGUCUACAUCAUCUGCUGCUUCUUCCUUUUUCCGCUCUUAGUCUUCAGCCUGUCGCUGGCUGGCUGGCAGGUAUUGGUAGGUGUGGGUGGACCUCUAGUCGUCAUAUUGAUCAUCAUCGUGGUGAUCAAUGUGCUGCAGAAACGGAAACCUGGGUGUUUGCCUGCAGCACUGCGAUCCUGGGAUUUCCUCCCUCUCUGGGCUCACUCACUGGCUCCCUGGGACAAAGUGGUUGGUGUGAUUACUGCCAAAUGCUGUUGCUGCUGCAAAUGCUGCCAAGUUGCUGCUGAUGACCAAGAACACAGAGAGAAAGAGUGUGUGGAAAACAACAACAAGCCACACAGAGAGGUAUAUGAUAACCCUGCAAUGAGUGCAGAAAAAGAGGUAGAAAAUGAGAUAAAGAUAGAGCUAAAGAUUCUGAAAAUGACGCAGCUGUGAGCUGUGAGAUUUUUAUAUAUAUGUGUGUUUGAUUGUGCUUGAUGCAAAGAAGCAUAUUGCUCAAGGCAUUCAGGACAAAACAAAAAUUUCCACAAUAUUUAUGUUAUUACUUUUAAUAGAUCUUGUAGUGUAAGAUGAAAUGGCUGUGAAGGGAUUUCUAACUGUCAGAAAAUACCACAUGCAGGAAAAUGUUGGGCUUCCUACUGUAUGGUGUUAACUGGUGUGGCCUUUAAAGGAUAUGGCUGGCAAUAUUUUAUAUUUUUGUUAUCAUCAGAUAAUCUCAUGGAAAGACCAAAGCCAACAAUGUGUAAGUCAAUCUCUCAAUACUUUAUUACUUUGCAUACUCUGUCACUCAGCCUCAAGCCAACUGGCUCCUGCCGAAACCAUAAAUCUUAGAAGCAGCACAUGAAAAAAACACUUUCAUUUUUAAACAAGGCUGAACAAUUUUGAACUGAAUAAAGCAGCUGGGCACUGUAGUUUUAGCAAACAUUACUCAAACAGAGGGAAAUAGUGCAUUUGUUGGGGACUAUUUAAAGCUGCGGAUUAAUACACAUUUACCAAAACCAGUUGACUGGUCAGUCGGACCACUGCUUUGGUUAAGACUGAAAUGUCUCAACAAUUACUUGAUGGAUUACCACGAAAUUUUGGGGUGACAUACAUGGUCCCCAGAGGAGAAACUUAAUGAUGUUGGUGAUCCCCUGACUUUUCCUCUAGUGCCGUAAUCAGGUCAUAUUUUAAAAUUGUCAAAUACUUGGUUUAUAACCAAACACCUGCAAAACUAAAAGUUGUGAACAUGGUAAACAUACCUGCUUAACAUCAACUUGUUAGUAAUGUUACUAUGAGCAUGUUACCAAAGCUGAUGACGCAACAGUGGAUGUCUAUAACACGGAGGAUUAAUCAGGCUUUGGUUACACAGUAAAUACUUGUUAGUUGGACCUAUUCAUUGUCGGUUCUUUUAAUGGGCUUUGUGGACAAUGAGACAAAUUAUAUAAGAUUAUAAUUUAUAACUCUAUAAAAAUAUUACCAAACCUAUCCUAUAAUACUUGAGUUUCUAACUUUAACUCGAAUAGGCUGAGAAAAUUGCCACUUAUCCUAAAAAUCAGUUGAACUAGAAUUUCACUGUAGAGCGCAUACCUCCACCAAGGCCAAACAAUCCUACAUGUCUGUCAGAUCCAGAUUAUCAUCAGGAUCUGCACCAAAUUGUACAUACUUAUAGAUCUCAACAACAUUGAUAUGUUUAAUUUUUUACACCAAGAUCCAUACAUUAUUUCAUGAAAAACUGAUGAAACUGAUUGAUGUUUAUAUUGUAAUGAGAGGACUAAAAUGAUGAAUUACAAAUUAGUAGUGUUUGUGAAUCUAAUGGUGAACAGAGUCAAUACUGACACUCACAAUAUUAACAGUCAUUGAAAGAGCAAUGCAAAGUAAAGUGAGUGUUAUUGGCCAGCACAUGCUGUUAGGUUAUAUUAUACUCUAUGCUGUUGAAAUGUGAAAACUCCUGAAGGUGCCAUGGCCUUUGUGCACUAGUAUACAGUAGAUAUAGUCACAAUUAGAUCUGCACAAAAUCUGUCCUAGCAGAGCAUAGGUUUGAUGUGGCAGACAAAGACCUGUUUCAACAUGUUUCAACGUUUUAUCAGGUUUCAUCUUUUGUAUUUUUUUUAAUUGUGUAUAAAAGACACAUUGAGAUCCUUAACACAUCGUUUUAAGGUGUAAAAAUUAUUUUGUAAUUGAGAUGAAUAAUUGUAUUCAAGGAAUAUGUAGUUUGAAAUUAGAUGAAUGUGCAUCUAACUUAAUGUUUAUAACUUUGAAUGUUUAAUGCUGACUUGUAUAUUCUUUUCCCAUAAUAUCAAUAUGAUAAUUUGAAAAAUUAAAAGAUUAAAAAUUUUAACUAA